AUGCAACCGUACAUCAUAAGAUCAUACGGCGAUGUCAACUUGCACAUCGCCCAGUUUCUUAAGGGUCAUGGGUGCUUUGGGAGCUAUAUGUUCAAAUUCAAGAAGCUGGACACCCAGGAGUGUCACGACUGUCAAGCGCCAAUCGAUGAUCCUGAAUAUGGGAUAUCAAUGCUGAUUACACUCCUUCUCAGACGGCGGUCAACCAGAUGA